AUGGGUAGCGUGCGCGGUCCCAGGGCACGGACGGUGUCGAAUCGUUCGCGAUGGAAGAAGGAAACAGCCUUUGAGGCUAUUCAGAAAAGCAAAGAGGCUGGUCGUAAACACACUGUAAAAGGCGGCGUAGCGCGAUUGAGCUUCGGUCCUGAUGGACCUGGGGACGAUGACGACACCCUAUGGGUAUGGGACGAGGAGGAGCUCCUGCCCAAUGGAAGCGCUAUGACAGCCGCGCGAAAGGCUACAUUUGAUGAUCGCUGGCCGUACACUGGCCGUCGUGGUUGGCGGCCUACCAGCAACAAGCUUAGUGAAGCUGGAUUUCAUUACACGCCCACGGACGAUGAAGAAGAUGGAUGUGCUUGCAUCUAUUGUGGUGUUGAACUUGGUGGAUGGGAAAAGACAGACGACCCUAUUCAUGAACACCAGCGGCGUCGACCUGACUGUCCCUUCUUUCACUGCAUUAUUGCAACAGCCCUGGAUGAGGACGAACAAAGUCAACAUGAGGGGGAUACGUCGCACAAGCGAAGUGCCUCUGGCGAAGUUAGGAAGGGGAAGAAAGGAUCGUAUAAAGAGGAAGACAGUCUCGAUGAUAUAUCUAUGGAAAUUCUACCCCGAAAGAAGCGCACCACACGUUCUGUUAGUGCCCGCGGUCGGACUGUCGCGGCGGCGGAGCCCGUAAGCGCAGAGGAAGAGGUGCCAUUGGAAUUUUCGCUGUCACAUAUGAAUGAAGAUGAUGUGGUUGAACAGACGUCACAUGAAGUACCUCAGGCUCCAUCGAUCGAUAAAGACGAGUCGCAGGCUAUUCUGACGAUGCCCUCAACCCCCCCAGAAUCCAUGCCUGUUGAAGAGCCACGCCACUCUACGCCUUCACCAAAAAAGACAGAUACGCAAGAUCAUUCCAUGGCUGACUUGGAAUUCGUCCAUUCAAGUGCAUUGCCUCCUCCUACCAGGUCGUCGCCGACCCUAGAAGCUGUCAGUACGAUUCCUGCUCCUGUACAAAAUUCAACCUCGGAUACCCCACCAUCAACAAAGUCUUUGUCCCAAUCGGUUGCGAUGUCGACCAACGAAUCUGAUGAUGAAGCUAUGGUCGAGAAUCUAGUGACUUCGCCAUUACCCCCUACCAAGCCAGCGUUAUCCCUUCCUCGCAUCGAGGAAUAUCUCCCGAUUCCGUUUCCCCACAGACAUAGCAGCAUUGAUGUGCCGCCUAUGCCGGAUCCUCAUCAAGUCACUGUUCUGGAAUGGGUUACUCAACAACAGACCUAUCUACUUGACACUAUGCGUGAGCGGAUAGAGCAACGUCUUGCAAGUAUGCGGCAAAAGAACGCGGAGGAGCGAAAGAAAUUAGAAAAAACACUCCGUUCAUAA